GCUGUUGCAGCGCCUGCCUUGUCGUCUAGUCUGUCCAGGACUUGGAGAGUUGGCUCGGGCUGGGGAGGGACAGCGGCUCUGGGAGGCGGCUGAGCUGCCGAGACUUUCCAGCAACUAUUGCCCAGCGCUUUUCCCCGCAGGCGGCGGCUAGGAGGGGGAAGGAAGAGGAGGAAGCGUCUCGUCCUCCAGCCAAUGCUACGCGGCUGGGCUCCCCGUGGCGUGUUGCUGCCCCGAUGAGACCCCGCAGUGUGUCCCCGACAGUCCCUGGGCGGGAGUGGGGGACGGAGGCCAGCGCCCGCGAUUGCUGUUGCCUUGAUUGGUGGCAGAGGAUGUGGUAAGAGGAUGGGGUUUCUCCAGGGGAGAGCUCACAAUGGCUAGAGAAGAUUCCGUCAAGUGCCUGCGCUGUCUUCUCUAUGCCCUUAAUCUGCUCUUUUGGUUGAUGUCCAUCAGUGUGUUGGCAGUUUCUGCCUGGAUGAGGGAUUAUCUGAAUAAUGUUCUGACUUUAACUGCAGAAACGAGGGUAGAGGAGGCUGUCAUCUUAACUUAUUUUCCUGUGGUUCAUCCCAUCAUGAUUGCUGUCUGCUGUUUCCUUAUCAUUGUGGGGAUGUUAGGAUACUGUGGAACAGUCAAAAGAAAUUUGCUGCUUCUUGCAUGGUACUUUGGAAGUCUGCUUGUGAUUUUCUGCGUGGAGCUAGCCUGUGGUGUUUGGACCUAUGAGCAGGAAGUUAUGGUCCCAGUGCAGUGGUCAGAUAUGGUCACUUUGAAAGCAAGAAUGACAAACUAUGGCUUACCUAGAUACCGGUGGCUGACUCAUGCUUGGAACUUCUUUCAGAGAGAGUUUAAGUGCUGUGGAGUGGUGUAUUUCACAGAUUGGUUAGAAAUGACAGAGAUGGACUGGCCUCCAGAUUCUUGCUGUGUUAAGGAGUUUCCAGGAUGUUCAAAGCAGGCAAAUCGUGAAGACCUCAGUGACCUUUUUCAAGAGGGUUGUGGGAAAAAAAUGUACACCUUCCUGAGAGGAACCAAACAAUUACAAGUUCUAAGAUUCUUGGGUAUCUCUAUCGGAGUUACCCAAAUUCUGGCAAUGAUUCUCACUAUUACCCUGCUGUGGGCUUUGUAUUAUGACAGAAGAGAUCCUGGGACAGAUCAAAUGAUGUCCUUGAAGAAUGACACCUCACAGCACCUGUCAUGUCAUUCAGUAGAGCUGCUGAAACCAAGUCUGUCAAGGAUCUUUGAACACUCAACCAUGGCAAACAGCUUUAAUACACACUUUGAAAUGGAGGAGCUGUAGAUAAUGCAAGAGGAUGAGGCCACAAAAGUUUUCGAUUGGACUUGUGUUUUGUUUUGUUUAGUUUUUUGAGCGUACAAUCCUUUGUCCAUCUGUUUAUGAAAUAUCUCCAUAAAAAAAUACUCAGAGACUUGAUUUUCUGCUUCCUAAACCAAGGAGAAAAGGAUUUCAUAUCAUACUAGAAGUAUCAACUGCCUGUGCAGUUAAAAAAAAAAAAACCACACCUCUUUUAUAGUGUUGGGGGGCAGAACUAACAUUGACCUUUUAGACCGUGUCAUGUAAGAUUUAUAUUGUUUGUAGAUGUAGUUAUGUUUGGGAAUUAACUAUGGUGAAAUUUGACUUACAUCCACAGGCUAUUUAGUUUAAAAAGCACUGAUUAAUUACUAAUAUAGGAAGGUAGACAGUACUAAUGAUCCAUAUUCUUUGAUGGUGAAUUAUUUUGAAGGUGUUGAAAAGAUUUUACAGAAAAAAAUUGUGUUGGUUACCAAUUAAAUGUGACUUUCUUUAAACUUUCUAAAAUGAUUUUACCACUUAAAAAAAAAAACUAAUCCAAUGUCUUAAAGCUGAUCAGGGAUAUUUGUGUAAAUGAUUGUUUUUGUGUGUUAAGUCUGUAUAUUUUAGUAGAUUUCAGUCUAGUAAAUGUUAAAAACAAUUGUGAAAAGGACAACUUUGCCUUUGCACAGCACCUUUAUUUUUAGCCUUUCCUGUAAGAUGAUUUUAAAAAUUCUGCCCUAUAUUUUAUAACUAUUAAAUAUCACUAGGUUUGGAAAGUCACCAGUGUGAUAAAUAGGCAUCAUUAUUUUUCAGACUAUGGUCCUGUCGCUAGAAAAUUUUUAACAGGGCAGUUUCCACUUAACUGAGUUUAUACCAUAUGACUUGAGAGCUGUACCUUUCCAAACUGUGGCUCUAUAUGAAACUAGCACAUUUUCAGACACUUAUUUCUGUCUUCAAACAGUCUGUAGAAUAUACUGUUCUUAUUAUCCAGUGACAUGCCUGGGGUAUAAUUUCAAUAAAUUAAAUAUUAUUUGAUUAGA